AUGUCCACGGAUCCGCCUGCGGCGGCUGUGCCCGCCCAAGAAGGCGUGGGCAUGACCAUCGACCCGGGCACCAAAGAGCCAGCCCGACGUGCAUCUACCACCACCUCCCGUCGGUCGCGUCGCAAGAAGGACGACGAUCCCGAUUCGGCCAAACCUCCCCCCAAGAAGGAAAAAGAAAAAGAUAAGGACACGAAAGAAAAACCGGCCCGGGCUCCUCGUCGGCCCCGGGAAAAAUCGACCACCACUGCCGCGUCGCGCAAGAAGCCCAAGCUGGAGGGUGACGAUACCUCGGCCGCUGCACCGGCAGCACCAGCCGACCCUCCAACAGUGCCGACGGCUCCCCAACCAGCUCCCUCGCCGUAUUCGCAGACUUCGCGUCCUCCCUCGGCAACCCCUGUGGCUACCUAUCCUCCUUUGAAUCAAUCGCUUCCCCCUCCACGUCCUCAAUCCCAACCGCCCCCGCCGAACCCGCAACGGACCAGUGGACAAAACUUCGAUCCCAUCCGAUCAGCAUUUGGCAAUACGUCGCCUGCACCGGUCUAUAGUCCUCCUCACGCCGUCUCGCCGCGUAAUGCCUACCGCGCAAGUGCGUCGCCGGCCAUAUCUAGCAUCAUUGACCCGCCUUCCCAAAAUGCUCAACCGCUAUAUCCACAACUCCCGCGCUCCUCCUCCGGUCAUGUGUCUGCUGUCUCUUCACCGGCGCAGCACCCCGUGGCACAUACUCCGACACACCCUUCAUUAGCCCCUUCACCUCUCCCAGCCUCAUCUCCUUCCUAUGGGGCCGCGCACACGCCGCAACAACCACCGCCAUCGAACCACUUUUCCCCAUACGCCCCCUCUGAGCAGCGCCCGCUGCAAUCACAACCUCCUCAGCUCCAGCUGUCGCCGCCAGUGGUUCCACCGCCUCAACCCCAGGCCCAGGCCCAGACCCAGACCCAGACCCAGACCCAGCCGCAGCCGCAGCCGCAACCGCCAGCCAAUGCUACCCCGUCACGACCACAACAGCCGUCCGAUGCAAUGGAGGUGGACUCGAAAGAAGGGAUUGCUGCAGUUAACAAGCCGUCGGCACCGUCCCCAAAACCGGCCAAGGCAGCCAAGGAAGCACCACCCCUUCCGCAAGGAUCUGGUCUAAUUACCAACGCGCUAUUUGGCGGAGACGAUUCGGCGAACUCGUCCGAUUCGCGCACAACGCCAAAUAUCAUUGUGCACAUUCCGCUGCAAAAGGGGAACCAGAUCGUCAACUUUGCGCGACUGGCCGAGGAGCGAUACGGGUUUGCAGCCCUGCACCCUCGCUUGGCGGCUCAUAAACAGCGAUUGGCCCGCAUAGCGGCUGCUGGGGCAGCGUUGGAGAAGAAUGAGAAGGGCGCCAAGGGGAUUUCAGCAGGAGAAAGUGCAGAUGAAGAUUUGAGCCUCGAUCGUGACAGUGAUCUAGACGGUGAUGUUUCUAUGGGUGGCACAGGAGCUGGAACGAACGGCGCUCCUUCGGAGGCAGAUGAGGGAACGAAGAAAAGACGGCGCAAGAAGGUCGAAGAAUAUGAUCGGGAUGACCCAUUUGUUGACGACAGUGAGAUGGCCUGGCAAGAGACUGCUGCGGCCAGCAAGGACGGUUUCUUUGUGUACAGUGGUCCACUGGUGCAGGAGGGAGAGAAGGUCCAGGUGGAACGAGCCGACGGGACUAUCAAGCGCGGCCGUGGUCGUGGACGAGGAGCAGGGCGAGCUCGCACUCUCACUUCUCACCAACACGUACCCAUUGCGGCUGCUGUGCCCAUCUCCCAGGAUACGGGCCUGCCUCUGCGUGGCCCUGGAUCACGCGGAGGUACCUCGCGCCGUCCACGCACCACUAAGAAAGCAGACCAGGACAAGGACAAGGAUAAGGAUAAGCAGAGUGGCGACCGCAACGGUUCCACUGCCUCGGCAUCCCACGAGGGUCGUGGUGGACGAGCCGGCGGCAGUGCCGGUGGUUCUGGGCGCGGCGGCAGCACAGCCAGCGGACGUGGUGGAAAGUCCACGAACAGCUCAGCGCCUGCACCCUCCUCGAUGAUGACCAUGAUGGACCUGGCGCCCGCUCCAGGGCCGACCCCGUCAUCCAACUCCACCGUCCCUCCUGCUCCUGCUCCUGCUCUUGCUGCUCCUCCUGCACACCCUGGACCCAGUCCGUUAGCUGGCCCGGAGCUGAUAAUGAAAUAG